CUACAAAGCCCGGCGGCCCCCACCAUUGAGACCGAGCGAUGAACUUGGAGCGGAUCCUGAAGGAGUGCAUGGUCGCUCUUUGUCUGGAGGGGGCUCUUGGGUGGUCGCGGAACUGGGAAAGGGAAAGUGGAGGUCUCUGAAAGAAGAUGAAUUUGGCUGAGAUUUGUGACAAUGCAAAGAAAGGAAGAGAAUAUGCACUCCUUGGGAAUUAUGACUCCUCAAUGGUGUAUUACCAGGGGGUGAUUCAGCAGAUUCAGAGGCACUGCCAGUCAGUGAGAGACCCCGCUAUCAAAGGCAAAUGGCACCAGGUCCGGCAAGAACUACUGGAAGAAUAUGAACAAGUUAAAAGUAUUGUCAGCACUUUAGAAAGCUUUAAAAUCGACAGGCCCCCCGACUUCCCUGUGUCUUGUCAGGAUGAACCAUUUCGAGACCCUGCAGUAUGGCCUCCUCCUGUCCCUGCAGAGCACAGGGCACCACCUCACAUCAGACGUCCCAAUCGAGAAAUAAGGCCUCUGCGGAAGGAAAUGGCGGGAGCGGGAGCCCGGGCACCUGUCGGCCGAGCGCACCCUAUAUCAAAAAGUGACAAGCCCGCAGGUCGGGACAAGGAUUACAGAGCAAGAGGGAGAGAUGACAAGGGAAGGAAAAAUAUACAAGAUGGUGCAAAUGAUGGUGAAAUUCCAAAAUUUGAUGGUGCUGGAUAUGAUAAGGACCUGGUGGAAGCCCUUGAGAGAGACAUUGUGUCCAGGAACCCUAGCAUUCACUGGGACGACAUAGCAGAUCUGGAGGAAGCUAAGAAGUUGCUAAGGGAAGCUGUUGUUCUUCCGAUGUGGAUGCCUGACUUUUUCAAAGGCAUUAGGAGGCCAUGGAAGGGUGUGCUGAUGGUGGGACCCCCAGGCACUGGUAAGACAAUGCUAGCUAAGGCUGUUGCCACUGAAUGCGGUACAACGUUCUUCAACGUCUCCUCUUCCACGCUGACAUCUAAAUACCGAGGUGAAUCUGAGAAGUUAGUCCGUCUGUUGUUUGAAAUGGCUAGGUUUUAUGCUCCCACCACAAUCUUCAUUGAUGAAAUCGACUCUAUCUGCAGCCGGAGAGGAACCUCGGACGAGCACGAAGCAAGUCGCAGAGUCAAGGCUGAGCUCCUCAUCCAGAUGGAUGGGGUUGGAGGAGCCUUGGAAAAUGACGAUCCCUCAAAGAUGGUCAUGGUAUUGGCUGCUACUAAUUUCCCGUGGGACAUUGAUGAAGCUUUGCGAAGGAGAUUAGAGAAAAGGAUAUACAUCCCUCUCCCAACAGCUAAGGGGAGAGCUGAGCUUCUGAAGAUCAGUCUCCGCGAGGUGGAAUUGGACCCCGACAUCCAGCUGGAGGACAUAGCGGAGAAGAUUGAGGGUUACUCUGGUGCCGACAUAACCAACGUCUGCAGGGACGCUUCCCUGAUGGCCAUGCGGCGGCGCAUCAACGGCCUAAGCCCGGAAGAGAUCCGUGCCCUUUCCAAGGAGGAGCUCCAGAUGCCCGUCACCAGGGGCGACUUCGAGUCGGCUCUCAAGAAAAUCGCCAAGUCCGUUUCUGCCGCGGACUUGGAGAAGUAUGAGAAGUGGAUGGUUGAAUUUGGAUCUGCUUGAGGUUUUGUCAGCUCUUUGACUCCUGGUACUUUGGUUUAUAAAAUGUGAAGAAAUUUCUGCCUUUUUAUUUUUUUAAAGUAAAAAGAGGUUUGGAAUCUUUCAUUGGAGAGAUUUCACUUGGAGGCCAAGGGGGCAGAGGGGGAGAAUCUGGAACUACAAAGAUAUCUAAUUUAGUAGAAAAGCUCAUAUAGGAAGUCUCCUGGUGCCACCCCAAUUCCCAGCCUUGUGCUGAUAUGCUGCAUACCCAUGCGUUAAUGUUAAACCCAAACCAGUAUACCAGGGUGCCCACAAAAGCAGCAGUGUACUGUGGGAGGAACUGGCUUACAAAAAGUGCAGGAAUUUCUUUUUUCUCACUUGCAUCCAUUCCUGUUUAAUUUGUUUCAAUUCUUUGCUCUGUGAACAUGAAGUAUAUAUAAUAUAUUAAUAUAUGUUAAUAUAAUAACAUAAUAUAUGUUAAAACAUUAUAUAUGUGUUUUUAACAAAAACCUGGGUUUGUGUCAAAUUAAUUGUCAUUAUGAGAAGAGUGAUAGUAAAUUCUGCAGGAAAAAGUGAAUUUGUUAGUGAAAUCUAUAGAAUUUAAUUCUUACUGUUAGACUCAACAUAUAGCUAAUUUUUUCUUUUUUUAUUAAGAACACAUUUUGUAUGGACACAUCAUGUGUUGGUACCAUCUUUCCCUCCUCCCUGCCCCCAUCCACAGGGUGCGCUCCUCAGUGGGGUUGCUGAUAUUCCC